GCUAUAGAUGUGGAAACCAGGGGCAUAUAGCGUCAGCUUGCCCUGCAAGACAAUCGUUGUCAAACCAAACUAAAGCCGACGAGAAGCGUGUCAACGUGUGUCACGUAGUCGAGCCAAUUGGGACAUUGAUAUCAUCUGAUUAAGCUUGUUUAAUUUCAAAACUUAUAUUACACACGAGGACGUGUGCUGGUCAGGAAGGCCGUGUCGCAUCAUUAUUAGUCUUAUUUUUAUUUUCUAUGUUCCAUCUCUAAUAAAUAAAAUUCGUAUCGAGCUGUUCUUGUCUUCGUUUCUUUUUGAUCGCUGUUCGCUGUGUUCCGUUACGCGAGUUUAACGGAUUUUGCUCUGUUCUACAUAGCCUCGGUUCGACGAUGCGUUAGAGUGAGACAAAUGCUUGUCCUGUGGUGAGUUCGGACCAGCAUGUAUCAAGCGAGAUAGAGCGAUGUUGAAAUGUACGCGGGUCACUUAUGUUUGAAAACUCUGAAAAAGCAGACGCGUGAAUAUGUCGCAACCGAGGAAGUGUACGACUCGCGGGCGGAGCGCGGCAACAGAGGACCCCGAAACAGUUAACUUUCCGACAUCAGAAGUGGGAUCGCCUCAGCCCCAAGCCAUCACUGAUGAUCGCCUGUCCACAAUUUUAGAAAUGCAGCAUCGUAAUCUAUUGGAAAUUGUAAAUGCCGUGAGGGGCUCGCAGACUACACAAGUAGUUGUACUACCCAAGUUCAACCCUGAGUCCGCCGGUUCAAGUGCAGCCACUUGGUGCUCUACAGUGGACCUUAUUGUAGGAGAAAAUCCUCUGGAUGGCAGUGCUUUGCUCAUGGCCUUAACCAAAUCAUUGGAGGGCAGUGCUUCUAAUUGGCUGUCACAAAUUUGUUUCGCCGGAAUGACUUGGAGCCAAUUCCAAGAAAUGUUCCUUCAGCAGUAUGAAGGCAAUGAGACGCCAGCAGCAACAGUCUUUAAUGUAUUAAACGGGCGGCCAAACGACGGCGAAUGUCUUGCGCUGUAUGGUAGCCGAUUAAUAACAACACUUAUGGCAAAAUGGAAGUCUAUGACCGCAGAAGAAAUCGCAGUGUCUGUUGCCCUGGCACAUGCUGCAAAUAUAGAUGGUAGGCUGCAACGCACUGUGUUCACAACUACUGUCAAAACACGCAACGAGUUGCAGAACGAGCUAAGAGCGUUUUCGUAUGGCAAGAGGAAGGACCAUCCCGUUCCAGAAAAUUCUACCAGCAAAAGAGCUCGCCUACACCCAAAUGUUGAGUGCCACUUUUGUGGAAAAAUUGGCCACAAGAUAGCUGACUGCCGCUCCAUGAAAAACAACUUAAAGAAUCAACAAGGAUCUAGUUCGAGUAUUGGGCGCUUAUCUGACUCUAAACCUGGGUCAAUUACUUGCUAUAGAUGUGGAAACCAGGGGCAUAUAGCGUCAGCUUGCCCUGCAAGACAAUCGUUGUCAAACCAAACUAAAGCCGACGAGAAGCGUGUCAACGUGUGUCACGUAGUCGAGCCAAUUGGGACAUUGAUAUCAUCUGGUGAGUCGUAUCCAUUUUAUUUCGACUCUGGAGCCGAAUGCUCACUUGUAAGAGAAUCUGUGUCCACCCAACUCUCGGGCACACGAAUUAACAACAUUGUAGUUUUAAAGGGUAUCGGAAAUAAUACUGUUACCAGUACAUUACAAAUUUUGUCAAACGUAACAAUAAGUGGCUACUGUCUCGAAGUGCUUUUUCACGUAAUUCUUAAUGAUUGCAUUAAUUAUAAUAUUAUAAUUGGACGCGAAAUUUUAAGUCAGGGAUUUAGUGCUACUAUAACAAUAGAUAAAAUAGAGUUAUGUAAAACAAGGUCUGUGCAAACCCUAUCUGCUUUGAGUAGUAGUUCGUGUUACAACUGGCGAAUUAGAAGUACGCUUAAUUGAUCCAAUAAAAACUGUACACAGACGACCGUACCGACUUAGUAUAGAGGAAAAACAAA